AUGACCUUUCUUUCCUGUUCUCAAACCUAUGUCCAAGGCGUGCGCGGUAAAUGCGUGGGCCCGUACGAGCUGCUGGAUACGCUUGGCAGCGGCAACUUCGGCAAAGUGAAGCGCGCUCGUCACAUAUACUUGGACACCUUCUUCGCCAUCAAGAUCGUCGAGAAGUCGGUUCUCGUCGACAACAUCUCCGGCAACAUGGACAUCCGCCGUGAGAUGAGCAUUCUGCGUGCCCUCGACCACCCGCAUAUCGUCAGUCUUCAAGAAGUCAUGCACUCGCGACACCGCGUGUACCUCGUCAUGGACCUCGCCUCAAGGGGCGAUUUUUACGAUCUUCUCAAAAAGCACGGGCCCUUUGCGGAAAACCAGGCCAGGAUUUAUUUUGCGCAGCUCGUGGAUGCAGUCGCCUAUUGUCACGAGAGAGGCGUGUUUCACCGCGAUUUGAAGCCUGAAAAUUUGCUUCUUGACGCGCAAGGGGACUUGAAAGUGACAGACUUUGGGUUUGGCGCGAUGCAGGACCGAGCAGGGACGGUUUUGCGCACGUCCUGUGGGUCGCCCCAUUAUUGUGCUCCCGAGGUAUGGGGCGGACAAGACGGAUAUGAUGGACGAAAAGCGGAUGCUUUCUCCGCUGGUGUCAUCUUGUACACGUUGGUGGCUGGCGGACAGCCGUUCAAUGACGAAAAGGACUGGAAGGUAUUAAAAAAAGUAGCAAAAUGUCAGCCAUCGUACCCGGACAAGAUGUCUGUGGAGUUGGUGGACUUGCUUGAGAAGCUGAUUGUGAAGAAGCCGGCGGAGCGGUGGGACUUGCAAAUGGUGAAGAAUCACCCUUGGCUGGCCAGGACGAGCUUGUAUGAGAGGCAAUCAGUGCUGAUGAAGAAGGAAAUGGGGUUCGUAUUGGUGGGAGGGUGCAACCAGGAGGGUAGAACGCAGGGGGUGUUUUCGCGGAUGUUUGGGAAGAGUGACGCAGAGGAGGGAUGGGAAGGAGGGGAGGUGGGUUCGUGCCAUUCGUGGGCAGUGCACAGUGACCCGUUGCUCAUUUUGUGA